AUGGAACCCACCGGCGACCAGGCCAUUGCGUAUGCACCCGCCUCGACAAUGUCUGCCGGCACCACACUUACACUCUUCCUAGCNAAGGCCAUCGCCCUCGACCAAGAAUUUGCACACACGCUGCAGCCCGCCGACUCAUCUCUGGACCGCGUCUUUCUAGUCUUGCAGCAGUACCGCACCGCUGCCGCGCAUGCUCUUGCCAGUGACUUUCUGUCUGCGCGCGCUGCCGACAUUGAGAUACGCCUUUGGAAUGCGCACAACCGUUUGAACGUACGGUUGCGCAAACAACUCGGCAAGGUUAGUCUUGGAAUAGCCUCUCGACAAGACUGCCUCCUGCUCACCUCCUUCACCAGNUUGCGCAAGGAACGCUCCAGCAAACCAGUCGAGACUCGUAGAUUCAUCAAGCUAUAUCUUGAGUUUCUAAAGGACAGCCAGCGCUAUUACCGAGACUAUAUCCAGAAGCUGAAUGCCAGGUUCGGUGGCAUUCGAGAUUUGGAGCGCAUCGCUCGCCAGGUCCGAUCCGACCCCGUGCCAAAGUCUUCCAGAAGGCCUGCAUCUCCACAGGUUCAAGCCGCCGUCACUCUAUCCUGUCACCAGACUCUGAUUUAUCUUGGUGAUCUGUUCCGCUACCGUGCCGCCGAGAGACUCGACAAGGAGCCCGACUGGGGACCCGCUAUUGGUUACUAUGCACUUGCUGCCUCUUUACGACCCGAAUCUGGACUCGCUUUCCAUCAACAGUCCGUUGUUGCCUUUGAACAAGGCGACUUUCUCCGCUCUACAUACUAUCUUUACCGUUCCAUCAACGUCAACGAACCACACCCCAACGCCAUUCCCAAUCUGGAACUGCAGUUCAAGAAGAUCACAACCGGAUGGCAGAAAGGCGAUUUGGUGCCUAAACCCUCUCCUCAGGACCCGAUUGCUUCGCGCAAGGCUCUUGUAUCCUGGUUCAUUCGCUUCCACAGCCUUAGCUACAAUGGCGAGCAGUUUACUGGCUACAACGAGCUCGAGCGCGAAGUUUUGAGUCGAACCGUCAUCGAAAUCAAAGCGCGCACUCUGGACGGCAUCCUAUCUAAGAUGACCUUGAUCAACUUCUGCGCCCAGGCCACUGCCGGCAAUCAGUUCGAGAGCAAGCCUGAUCAACACAAAUUCAUGCACUCUUACUUCUUUUUUCUGCGUCUGAAUGUGAAGUUUUUCACGGCAAUGCUAGAGGUUUACUACGUCGACCUCGAGAAGCACCUUCAGGAGCAUGCCAAAACCUCAAGUCUUGCUGAUAAGCUUACGGACUUGGCACGUCAUGUCCUGCCUGCUCUGCGUCUCUACAGCACUUGGCUGUUGAGUAAUGCUCAUAUUGUUGCGGCACGCGUUGGCGAUGAACCUUUCCAAACAGCUAUGGAUCAUUUUUGGCAUACUUACGCUAAGACAUUGUCUAUCAUGGCAUUCAAUUUCUCGUUCCGCGAGCUCGAAGAAGUUCCAUAUCAGCUUGAGGAAGAUGUUGAUGCCUUUGGUCUCAAGCCCUUGAACUCGGACAGAUCGCGCAAAGUCUGGAUGAACGACUCAACCGGACAGACCAAGGCUAAAUACAACGAUGAAGGUAUCAAUCGUCUUGACACUAACCAAGAAAUGCUUGGAAGAGUUCGUGAACUUCUUUUCGAUGCCUUGCUACUUGCUGUUGACAAGGAUGUACCCAUCACCUUUGACGGCUUGCAUUUCCUCCACCAAGAUCCUAGCUCAGCUGAGGGCAGUUCAGUCAACCCACUUCCAGAUGCUGCUCCACCUCGCUCAACCAUGCAGAACACUACUUCACUUGUGGCUCAGCAAGAACCCGUCGCGCAAAGACAUCUGUCUCCAAGCUCCGAACUCUCUGUGACAGUAGCCACUACCAACACGAAGCCGCUCAAUCGAGAGGCCCAACUCAGUCAAAUGGUUGAUGAUCUUGUUGGGCCCGACGAAGACGACAUUGUUCCUCCAGAUCCGAAUGACUCUUUUGGUGUUGCUGGCUACAACGGCAAUGCUGCCCUUCGAGGGGUUUCGCCGCGUGGUUUCCAGGCUGUUCGAACGCCCGAACUGCGAACAGAAGCAUGGCAGCUACCUCUGAGUCCGACUGGCGUUCCUUCACAGCGUCUGCAUUCGGUCUCCAACAUCUGGAAUGAUGCACCUAUACGAGAAACAAGCCCGAUAACUCCUUUCGGAAGUGCACCUCCUGGACUCCCCAUCUCAGCCAGCGCCAGACGUUCGAACGCGCAUUCUCGCGUAAACUCGACAAACUCUAUCCGAAGUCCUCUCCCACAGCCAGACGGGCUGUCUUCNUUUGAGCCGACUCCAAAUCCCUACAAUAGUAUUGGCGCCCGCGGGGACCGUUACCAGAGCUUUUCAGGACAUUAUACAGGCAUGCAGAGCCCUCUGCUCUUCGGGGCGGGUAUGUCACCCUGGAGCACAGGACCUAGAAAGUCAGUCCCCAACAUCACACCACCCAAUGGCCAAGGUGGUUGA